UUUUGACAAUCAACAACAAAAUUAUCGUCAUCGCACGUGUAUAUUUGUAGCCUGUGAGUGAUUUAUACUUGUAUAUAAGACUUGGCUACAUAAAUAUAAUUACGAUUUCUUACAUUCAUCUAAAUAUAACACAGAUGCAUGUUGCUUAAAGUCUGUGCAUCGUCAAUAUUGAAACACAGUGCUACAGUUGUAAACUUACGACAGUUUUGUAGUAAAAGCGCUAAAAUGUCUUUAGAAGAAGCUAAACAAUUUGCCGCUCACCGGGCUGUUAAUGAGUACGUAACAAAUGAUUGUAUAUUCGGCGUCGGCAGUGGAUCAACUGUUGUAUACGCGGUUCAAAGGCUCGCUGAAAGAGUGGAAACGGAAAAUUUGAAGGUGACCUGCAUCCCUACAUCAUUUCAAGCAAAACAGCUGAUCGUUAAGCAUAACCUAACAUUGGGCGAGCUUGAUACGAAUCCUACGAUAGACGUGACAAUCGAUGGAGCCGACGAGGUGGAUGCUCACAUGACGCUCAUCAAGGGUGGUGGCGGUUGUUUACUACAAGAAAAAAUAGUUGCCUCUUGCUCCAAGAAGCUUAUUGUUAUAGCUGACUACACAAAAGAUUCUAAAAAGCUAGGAGACAGAUACAAAAAAGGUAUACCAAUAGAAGUUGUACCCAUGGCUUAUGUACCAAUUCAGAAUAAGAUUGCUGCUCUUUAUGGAGGGGAAGUGAAGUUACGCAAAGCUGUUGCCAAGGCUGGCCCUGUAGUGACUGACAAUGGUAACUUCAUUCUCGACUGGGUGUUCACAAACCAAGACUUGGAUUGGGACAAAGUAAAUAAGUAUAUAAAAAUGAUUCCUGGUGUUGUAGAGACUGGUUUAUUUGUAAACAUGUGUGAGAAGGCAUACUUUGGACAGCCUGAAGGCAAUGUAAUAGAGAGAGUUGCUGUAUAAUUUAGCUGAUAGUUCCAAUCAUGAACUCUGCUAUUGUGUUAUGUAUUUUUGGUGUUCUUGUUUUAAGGAUCAAUUUAUCAAUGUUAAGAGAACUUAAGUAUAUUCCUCAAAUGAUGCAAGCUAUACAUUGAUGUUAUUAAGAGUUGAAAAGUACUAGCUAAGCGAAAAUAUUUUUGUAUGAUUUUCUGUGUACUUAGUGAAUGUAAAAAAAGCUACAAGUUACAUAAUUUAGUUUUUUAUGGAUUUCAUCAUUUUUUUAUCAGCAAAAAACAUUGACCAAUGUUGAUUUCACAAUCAAAUGCCUUAGUGGGUGGUAACAAUAUAAUAAUAUGUAUGAUAAGAAUUAGCUUCACUGAUAGUUACACAGUAGAUUACUUGCUGGUCCAUUUACUUAAGACACAAUUUAAAAUUUUCAGAGGCUAGGUCUGUGUUCUUGGAACAAUCUUCCAGUUGGAUCUAAAUAAAUAUUCUAAAUAUGUAGUUGUUAGAAAAAUAAAUAGAUAAAGUUUAAAAGAUUUACUUCCUCCUCCUUGCUAAAUAUGUACUAGGAAUUACCCUCUAACUUAAAUCUCAUAGAAAAAUAUUGUAAUAGAGGUAUUUACACUUAAAAUAAACGUCAAAAAUUGUUCAUCACUGUCAACCGCAGGCAUGCCCAAAAGGCUGGCAGCAUUGCCACACUGAUGACAAUGCUUAUCCUAAGUCCAAGAUAGUUAGUAGCCAGCCUUUUGAUCAAGGGAAUCUCAUAAUAUCUACUAUCUGUUCUACGUGUGGGUUAUACUUAAGUAGAUACCAACUCAUGUUUGUCAUAUUAAUGAAUGUGGUUGUAUAAAUUGUUGUUACUGAAGUGAGCGUUGUUGUGUUUGUGUCAUGUCCUGGAUAAUAUUUUCAGGUACAUUACAAUAUGGGUAAAAAUAAACGAUAAUAAAAGAAAAACACUA